AUGUGUCAGCCAGCCUGUUCAGAAGAGGCUGCUCAGGACAUUGGUCAGUCCGAAGUAAGUAACCCCGGGGGAUCGAACUACCCGAGUGUGCUUACCACGAAAGGCGGCGAGUUCAAGUACCGUUCUGGUAUCAGUGGAGGAAGUAACGAUCUCGUUGCGCGUUAUCUGUGCGAGUCCAAUGAUUUCCAGAGUAUCACCGACAAGAAUGCAAGGGAUCUUGGACAAGCGAAACGGGAGCACGAGGCCUAUCAGAAUGAUUUCAAAAAAUGGCAGAAAAGAGCUGGCGAAAAGAAGGACGUUAAAAGAAAGAAGGAGCAGAUUCGUGCAAACUUAGAUAAUCUGAUCAAGGGAUGCAUGAGGAAAGAUGAGCAUUUUGAGAAGCAGCUCCGAGAACUCGUUGUCAAUACUGACGGCCGUCAUGCGCAGUUGAUGACCGAGAUUCAUCACAGCCAGGCAGAGACCGAUGCGAAGAAAGAUCAACUUGUAGGCAUCGAAGAAAGAAUGGAAUACGCUGAACGCAAGAUUGAUGAAAAAAGGUUUGCGCUCGUGAGGGAGAAAUGCUCGACAAAAGAGCUUGUGGCCCUAGAAGCACGAAAACUUCGCAGGGAAAAUGACGCCAGGAAAAUCGAGAAGGAACUGAAGGAGAUCAAGCUGGCGAAGAAAGAAGUCGAAGAUACGAUCGUCGCGAAAAAGGCUGACGUGGAGAAAUGGAAGAAGGAAGCUGAAAACGCCAUUCAAAUCGCGGAAAGCCACUGCGAGCGCCCAACCAAACCGCUUACGAAAAAGCUGCUGACUGACGAGCGGGAGAAGAUCUCUCGUGACUUGAAAAUCAAUGUCAAGAGCUCCGACAAGGAUUACGAAGACAUCAAGCGAACCGCGGACCACAUCUGCCGAGGAAACAAAUACGAGGGCGAGUGUAAAAUCAUCCCAGAGAAAUUCGACCUCAACGCUUAA